GUGGCACACGCAACACAUCCGUUUCCAUCCCAAAAGGAAUUGCCAGCUCGUAGAAAAACCGCGCACCAGAUCGCUAAAAGGGCAAAAGGGUAACAUCGUCAGCAGAAAAGAAAAACGACGCCAGACGAGCACAAUAAACGCAGGAAAACCUGCCCCAAGAGAAAAUUAGGACUGGCGCUUGAGUUUCUGGGCUCCGCUGCUUCUUCUGCCAGAAGAAGAGAGGGACACAAGAAAACAUGGCGGAAGAAGAGAGCUCGAAGAAGCGAAAAGUGGAUAUCAAUUGGGAAGAGAUUGACCGCCAGCUCGACGAGAUGGAUUCUUUACCGGAAGUCGUCCCGGAGAAGAAGGGAAGUCACACUGAUGAUCAAAACCCCCGCCAACAAUGCACCCCGUCGGCGACGAUGGCCUCUGAACACGACGAUCAUUCCAUCUCCUUAAGGAAGGAGUGCGCUGAAAUGACUAAUGGGCAGCUGGAGGAGGCGAUUUUAAGGCAAAGUAGGACUCUGAAGGCAGUUGGUGGUACAUUGCCAGACAGAGGGGGGAAAAUCCGGGGUACCAUUAGAAUCAUGGAAGAGGAGCGAGAGAGGAGAAAAUCCGCGAGGACGACCAUGCUUUAUAAGAAAACUGGUAAAAGUGGGUUUUCUCAGAUGGAAGUUUGGUUCCAUUUUCUGCCCUUGGUUUCUGUCGAGGUCAUUCCUUUCGGGCGUGAAUGUUUCGCCUUCGUACAAUCUGCAUCCACUGGACUUGAGAAUUUGAGAUCACUUCAUGGCUGUUCAUGUGCUCUUUGGUCAGUGAGAUACUGCGAAGAGAUGGUGGACUGUUUGAUGGUGGUCACUUGGUCUGGCAACUUACAUUUUGGCAGUGCUUGAACAGUUGAAUGUGGACCAUUGAGCUUCUGUCUACAUUUGCUAACCUUAAAUUAGAAUUCUUUGGAUCAAGGUUACUGAAAUUAGAUAGAAAUAUGAAGCUCUAGCCUCUAGGUUUCUGCGUGGUAUUGACGUGCGUUAGGCAUCCGUACCACUGAAUGCCAUUGGUUUGAAUCUCCAGAAUAAUUUAUAUUGUUUAUGCAUUGGACAGAUCAUGAUGUCUAUUAGGAAGUUUUCUGUUAGGAGUUAGCUUCUUUAUCUAUAUAUACGAAUGCCACGUGAAGUACGCAAUGAUGUUACAUUUGUUUGUGUCGUUAGAAUGACCUUCCCAGCCACUUGUUAGCAAUCCUGAAGAAGCAAAGUUUGUAAGUUUCUUGUCCCAAGCUGAAGGAGUUACUCAUUGGUCCAUCUUAAUGGUAGAAUGAAAGAUUGUUUGACUUUUGGGGGUUCAUUUUGCAGAAUAGUAGAUAUGGAGUGUUGAUUUAUUUGUUUGUUUACUACUUCUGAUCUCUAGUACAAUAUUUUGUAUUGGGGCAAUUCAGCUGCCACGUGUUUGUGAUAAAGGGGAAGCGACAUUUUUGGUUUUUGCGUAAAGGUUUUUCCUUUAAUUUGGCCAAUGUCCUGUUUAUCCUGGUUUUUGUUCUUUGACUUCCAAUUUUGCACUACAAAAUUGUCUAAAAAGAGAAGCAUAAUGAAUUCCAUGAUGGAGUCAUUAUAAUCUGUUGAUGAUAGAUUUUAUUAGUCAUUCCGAGGUGUUAGCGCUAUAAAUGAUGCUUUCGUUGGAGGAACUUCUUUUAAAUGAUUCAUUCUUUCUUUCCAGGGUGUUGGUGACUCUAAGAAAUCCAGACCGCUAGUAAGUACAGGUAUAAACGGUGCUCCAGGUGGCAGUAAAGAGAUGGCAUCUUCCGAAAUUCAUUCACAAUCGCGUUUUGGCUCCCUUUUUAAGAAAAAGUUGGAAGAUAACGCAGAUCAUAAGGUUGCUAAUGCAUUCGAUAGCGAACUAUCCGCUCUGGGUACUCACAGCCGUCCAAAACUGAAACUCAAUGAGGGGUUGUCACUAAAUGGAAGGCAGAAAAAUGGAUCAAGAAAACGGAGUUUUCAAUCUUCUUUUGGUUGGAAGGACAGGGGAAUUUCAUCCGAUUCCUUCUACAGUAAAGGGCAAAGUGCAUCUAAACAUUUUUCUAAUGGGGUUUUAGGUAGAAAAGAGGAAUCUCGGGUCCCACCUUCAUAUGGUCUCAGACAUAGAAAGAGGGAGACUGUGGUUGUUUUGGAUGAUGAUGAUGAAGUUCUGGAGACACUUGAUUGUAUAGAUGAAACACGUGAUGAAUGCAUGAAAGAUGCUAAAAUCUACUACCCAUCAAGGGAUGAUCCAGAGUGUGUUGAAAUUUGUUUCCAGGAUAUAGACUGUCUGGCACCUGAAAGUUUCCUGACAUCACCUAUCAUGAACUUUUACAUACGGUACCUAGAGUUGCAGGCUUCUCCAUCUCAAAAGGCUACUUGUGAUUAUCACAUAUUUAAUACGUUCUUCUACAAGAAGCUUCAACAGGAGUUGUCACGGAAGGAAAGUGAAAAAGAGUCCCUUUUUGUCAAGUUUAGAAGAUGGUGGAAGGGUGUGAACUUAUUCGAGAAGGCAUAUGUACUGAUUCCCAUACAUGAAGAUCUUCACUGGAGCUUGGUGAUCAUCUGUUUCCCAGAGAAGAAGGACAACAGAUCAGGACCAAUCGUGCUUCAUUUGGACUCAUUGAAGCUCCACUAUAGCAGAGUUGUUUUGGAGGAUAUCACCAGGUGAGAUAAAAAUUACCUUCGAACUGGACAGACUUUUGUAGCUAGGUUUUGGUUGUUCCUGAUAUUUCAAACAGUUAAAUAGAUCUCUCACAAGUCGUUGCUCAGUCAGAUGGUGAGAUGUCUGACAGAAUACGGAAGCGUCUUCGCAACAUUAUUUCAAAAAGAAUCGAGGUUCCACAACAAACAAACGAUUAUGAUUGUGGUACCUUUGUACUUUUUUUCAUGGAGCGCUUCAUUGACGAGGCCCCCGAGAGGCUGAAAGAAGUUGAUCUGGACAUGUUCGGCAAGCAGUGGUUCAAACCUGAAGAAGCAUCUGGCUUGAGAAAGAAAAUCAGAGAUCUGCUCAAGACCAAGUUUAUUGAAUCAAGAAAGGACAGCUUUGCUUGCAGAUCAUCGGCUGCCCCUUCCGGAGAAGUGAGAGCAGCAGAAAAUGGUAAUUCAGCUGAAGGAUCUCUAACUUUGUACAGCUCAGAUUCAGGGUAAAGAAGCACAAGGAGUUAGUUAGUUAUGUACAUCCUGAGAAACAGAGGAAAAUUGUGGAUACCCAUUUUCUCUCGGGCGUGAAAUAAUAAUAGGUAGAGUAAGGUAGAGUUUUGAAGCCCCUCUUCUCUUCUUGCUUUUUCGCGGGUUUUGGCUUCAUCAUCAAAGUGUACAUACAUAGGGGAAGUACUGCAUUUGUGGGAAUUUCGGCACGAAAAAACAAAGUAGUGCCCACCAUUCUUAGCAGUCAAAAAGGCUGUUGUACCUCUCUGGAUCAUCUUUUGAUACAUGGAAGUAUAGCAGCCCUUCAUUUUUUGCAUUCCAGUUUUACAGGCAGAGCUAAAGGUUGUCCUUGGCCAGGAAAGGAAGGAGGUUAGUAGUUAGUAAACAGCAAGUGGUCCGUGCUUGCUUCUAGCAUGGAUCAAAGCAGUUCCUGUGGUUCGUUUGGCUGCAACACGCCCAUCCCAACUGACCCAGAGGUGUUACCGUUAGGUGUU